ACGUAGGGAAACGGCCGUUCCAACUGUUGUCGUUCAGAAUUCUCCCGAGUGGAGCACGACUUUACACGACUUUACCCGAGUGAAUAAAGUGAAUCUGAUUGGUCGUUUAUCAAGAGGGUGGGAUUGUUGUCGCGGAGAAGGUGUGCAAGCAAGUUUGAUUGUGGCCGGUUUCUCUUAGCAACGAGCCAACGCCAAUGACACUGUCAAGAAGGAACGUAACUUGUAAUUGUAGCAAUAUGGACAACAUGGAGGAGAGUUUUGUGUCGGAGGUAGUAGACGAGUCUCCUCCGUCGUACAUUUUUUAUUUAGAUGAGGAAAGUGGGGGGGAAGACGUGGAAGAGGACGCCUCGGAAACAGAACAUUUCGGUGUAGAAGGCAUACAACCAUAUAUGUUUGAGCCCUUGCCUCGCAACGCUGUCAGCAUCACUCCUGCCGAGGAAACAGACGUCCACCCCCGUGAACACUGGGACGUUACUCAAUGGUGUUCCUGUGACAACUGUGUCAACGUGCCCUCAGGUCCUGAGAAAGUGUGUUGUAAGGAGGUAGACCAGAUCAUCAAAAAAUGUGAGGAAGCCAUGUUGGUGGGCCUGGAGAUGCUAAAUUGCAUCACAAAGCAUGCAGGCUUCCCUAACGUGUGUCUGGAUCCUUGGGUACUGCAGACCGAAUAUGCAAAUAUAGUGCAGUACCACUAUGACAAGGACCAGGGAAAUUUUUCAGAAAACGAGCGUUGGCGACACACUGCUUAUCGCAUCUUUGUGAAGUGGUGUUGGGGCUACCUGGGGGCACGCUAUCGUGUAGCCAUCCCCGCUUGUGUUAUAAGGGCCAUCAGAGCUGCUUUCCCUGCACCAUCAGAUGAAGGCUACACUGGUUUUCAGUUGCCUCCAAUUCAUCCAACUUUUCGAGUAAGCAUGUCUAUCUAUAUCUUCAAGGGAAAAGCAAGGCUUUUGGAACCUUUGGCUGUAAUGUUCCAAAUUUGAGAUAAUGUUCAAGUGUAAAAGAAUCAGACAGGAGCAAUUACACUGAAAAUCUUCAUAAUCAUGCUUUUAUACAUUAGUAAUUUUAGCCAAAGAUUUAAAUAGCUUGGAAUUUCCCUUUUUAAAUAAUUACAAUGGCUACAACAAAGACAAGCUAAUGUCAGGAAGACUAUGCUAUUUUGUGAUUUUUCUCCACUACAGAGGAAUAGAACGUAGACUCCAGGACUAGGGGAUCACUUUUCCUCUGUGCAUGCUACUACUCUUGUUACAUUGUUAUACAUUAAGUUAUUAAAUAUACAUUGAUGUGCA